AUGAAACCCAAGAAUGAAGUUGCAAAAUCCAAGAAGAAGGUAAUUGGAGGGUUUUCUUUGAAGAAUAAAACUAGAGAUAGACGGACCGUUGUCAAAGUUGUGGACUUGAAGUCAAGUAGUGGUUCACUGUUUGAAGGCAAUAAAGAUUAUGAUAAAGAAGGCCGUAAAUUGGCAAUUAGUACUACAGAUGAGAUUAUGAAGAAUACGGAGAAACCAGCAGAGAUUGUCAUUAAGCCUGUACGUCCUACCCUUCUAGUGGCGAAGAAGCAGAUGGAUAAUGAGACAGGAGAUGAGCGUAAAAAGACACUGAGCUACGGAAUCAAUAUUCAGAGUAAAGAUGUGGAGAAUGAUAAAAGCAGGAGGAGAAGUCCGGCCAGAUUUACGGAGGCUGCCCACUCAAUAACGCAGGAUGGUGUCACAGAAACUACCAUGGACAGUUACAAAAAAGUACCCGUGGAAAGCUUUGGAGCUGCCAUGCUCAGAGGAAUGGGAUGGACAGGAAGUGCCAAGAAAGCUGAAAAGGAGUCGCUAAAGGAAGCUGAAAAGCUAAAAUCGAGACCGCUUCUACUUGGUCUGGGUGCCAAACCAUCACCUAUACAAUUGGACCCUUCAUAUAGAGUGGUUAGUGCCAGUUACUCGCCGGUAAUGAAGAUGGAAGCAGCUGACGGAGAUGAAGGGGAGCGUUUGGACAAAGGAACGAAUCGAUAA